GAUGGCUGCAUCAGCACGUGAUCCUGUGGUUGAAGGGAAACCAUAUAAGCAGGUGACGAUGAGUCUGGCUGGAAAGGUUACCAUUCGUACUACCCAGACAAAGAAACAGCAGAGUUUGUUCUCCACAUCUCAUCACUGAGUGGAUAACAUGGAUGAGCUAUUUACAUCAAAUACGCCCACAGGAACUGAUUAUGCUGAAACUGAAACUUUAGAGGAUGACUAUGGUUCAGAUCCGACUGACAACCCAGGCUUUUGUGACAGAAGCUGGGUCAGGGAGUUUCGUGGGCAGUCCGAGCCACCUCUCUUCUGGAUGAUCUUCAUUCUUGGUGCCGUGGGUAAUCUGGUGGUGGUUUGGAUCUACACCACUGUGCGCAACCGCCUGAAAACAAUGACCGACGUGUACCUGCUGAACCUGGCUGUGGCUGACCUCCUCUUCCUGUGCACGCUGCCUUUCUGGGCUGUCGAUGCCAUUAAGGGCUGGGACUUUGGUGUUCCCCUCUGCAAAAUGGUUGCAGCUGUCUACAAAAUCAACUUCUUCAGCAGCAUGCUCCUGCUCACCUGCAUUAGUGUGGAUCGGUAUAUUGCAAUUGUGCAAGUCACCAAGGCCCACAACCUGAAGAAAAAAAAGAGGCUGUUCUACAGCAAACUUGCCUGCCUGGUUGUCUGGUUGCUUUCCAUCCUCCUAGCCCUCCCUGAGUUUAUCUUCGCCCAGGUGAAGACCGACCGAAACGGGCAGUCUUUUUGUGAUCUGCGUUACUCUGAAGACGAAAAAAACCAGACAAAAAUCCUGGUUCUGUCCCUGCAGAUCUGCAUGGGAUUCUUCCUUCCUCUUCUAGUUAUGUUAUUUUGUUACUCUGUCAUCGUUCGCACACUCCUGCAGGCCAAGAGCUUUGAGAAGCACAAGGCCUUACGUGUCAUCUUUGUUGUGGUGUUUGUGUUUGUUUUCUCUCAGCUACCUCACAAUGGUAUGCUAAUAAUGGAGGCCACGGAGGCAGCCAAUACAACAAUAACUGAUUGUAAAAUGUUAAUCCGUUUUAAUGUAGCUGGACAGAUUGCCAAGAGCCUAGCGUUUUCCCAUGCCUGCCUGAACCCAUUCCUGUACGUCUUCAUUGGAGUUCGCUUCAGACAGGAUCUCCUGAGGAUGGUAAAGAUGUGUGCUGGCGGCCUGAGCAAAGAAGGGCUCAGUAAGAUACAGGCGGUACCUAAACGCCCCUCGAUCAUGUCUGACACUGAAACUACCCCGGCCCUUUCCAUAUAAAAGCCUAUUCUCCCAAAACCUAAAACCUGAGAACUGAGCCUAUUCAACAUGAUGUUUUUUUACUUAUAUCCUCAUGCAUUAUUUGUUUCCAACAGAGAAAUUAUAACCUGUUCAACUUUAAAAGAAAAAGUGUUUGAGUUUACAUUCAUUACAUUAAUAUUCUGGCAGUAACAACAAUAUUUUUCAGGAAUCACUGUAUAAACUGUAUAUUCUUGUAAAUACUAUUUUGUAUUAGUGUUUGUAAACUGUUCAUUAAUUCAUUUUUUUACUUGCUGCUGUGAAAAUCAUUAUUUUUCAA